GCACUAUCGACUGUAUUUAUAGUUCUUCCUUGAAAAACAAGGAUUCCUUGUUAUUAUCUGUCUUUGUCUUACGUACUACGUUUUACCUUAUGCAAAACAAAGACAGACAGAAACAAAAAAAUCAUCAUUUUUUAAGGAGGGACUAUGAAUACAGAUGGAAUAUGAAGUAUAUGUCUGUCUAACCUAUAACCUAUAAUACAGACCUGUCUGCUUAGGGUGAUGGCAGAGAACGAGACGUAACUGACGUGACGUGACGUGACGUGACGUGACGUUGAGUAAGGCAGAGAAAAGUCGUAAAGACGUACGACGUGUUGUGUUAAAUGUCUGAUGAUCUAUUAAGUGCGCGGAGAGACGAGGUUAAUCCACAUUUUUCCCUGCUAUAUAUCCAUCCCUCGUAUAUACUACAAUUAUUACAAACGUACAUGUUUUUCUCGAUUGACGAGUUUUGUAUCUUAAAAAUAUUCCACUACUUUGAUGCAGAAUAGUAUUGCAUUAGAAUAACCUACAUGCAGCGAGCGAACUACAUCAACUACAACUUACUCAUUAAGCUAUCUCUGUACAGUUGCAUUUUUUUUCGGUCUCCCAAUCUUAUUUAUUUGCUUUUUCAGUAGAAUAUUUAGUUAUUGUGAAAAUGAUACAAGAACAAAAAUGUCGGAUCAUUCACAAUAUUGCCAAAUUUAUAAUGAUUCACUUGAAACGAGCACAGAUGACAAGCAAGAUAAUUGCGAUCCUGUGUUUAUUAAUGUUGAAGAAAAGCAAGGCGAUGAACUUCUGAUCGAGCUAUACCGAGAGCGAGUAUUUCUAUAUGAUAAAAGUAACGCCAAUUAUAAAAACUUUUUGAUGAAAGAAAAUGCUUGGAUAGAAAUAUCCAAAAUAAUGACUGAAACUAAUUGUGGUGACAUGUAUACUCCAUCCUAUUGUCAAAAAAGGUGCGUCUCAUUAAGGGACCAAUAUAACAGAGAGAAAAGAAAGCUAGAAAUUCAAUCUAAAAGUGGAAGUGGUGCAAGUAAAGCUAGUCAAUUUCCUUUCUUUUCGCAGUUAGCAUUCUUGGAUCGCGUAAUUAAAAGACGAAGAAGCUACACAAAUUGCACAAUAUCUGAACCAGUAAUUAAUGAAGAUGAUGACUUGUUACAAAGUGUUGCAAGUUCAUCGAACAGCGAAAAUAAAAAUGUAAAUAAGCAGCAUAUUGAUAACAAGAAAUAUUUUAAUAAAGAAAAUGUUGCACCAAAACACAAGAAGUGGAAAGUCGACGAAACAAAGGAGUUAGAGCAAUCAUUAGUUCAAAUGACCCAAAGAAUUUCAUCAUAUAUGGAAAACAAGUCUUCAACGGCACAUAACGCUUUUAUGGACUUUAUAAAAGUACAAUUUAGCACUAUUCCAGAAAAAGAAAAAAAUGCAAGACGAAAGAUGAUUAUGGAUGCUCUUACGAUGCCAUUAUCAGAACAAUAAGGAUCAUUUAAUUUAAGAAAUCUAUAUAGGGUGUAACUGGAAAAACAUACAUGGAGUAUACCACGAGAUACAGGCUAAGAAUUCAAAUCGAAGAGUCUCUCGCUAUUUUUUGAUCUGGAGUUUCUGUUCAUAGUUAUACAGUAUUAAAAUUUGCUAAUCAUCUUCCGUUUAUAGACGGCUUAUUUACAAAUUUUAAAACUGCAUAACUACGAACAAAGGUUCAGAUCAAAAAGUAAUUCAAGAUUUUUGACUUGGAUUUCUGUCCUAUAUCUCGUAGCAUCCUUCAUGUAUGUUUUCUUAGUUACACCGUCUAUAUAUUAUGUUGACAGCACAAAUAUAAACAUUAAUUUCCUUUUUUUGUUAUAAAGAUAUAACAUUAUGUUUCGAAGUUUUUAUUAGAGAAGAAAGAUGAUCAAAGAUAUACUUACUAUGCCAUUAUUAGAACAAUAAGGAUUAUAUAUUUUAAGAAAACUUAUCUUAAAAGUGCAAAUAGACAUUGUUUUUUUUUGUUGUAAAUAUAUAACAUUUUGUUUAAUUUUGAAUAUUUUAUGAAAAAAGAAAGAUGGUUAUAGAUACUCUUACUAUGCCAUUAUUAAAAUAAGAAUUAUAUAUUUUAAGAAAUAUUUACAUACAUUGUAAUUGUGACAGUACAAAUAGGUAUUAUUAUUUUUUUAUUGUAAAGAUAUAACAUUUAUAUUUUAUUUUAAAAUUUUUAUGAAACAAAAUAAUUACUAGUUUAUUUAAAAAAUUAUAUCAAACAGUAUUUGUGUCUGUGAUGUAUUAUACUCUUUUGAGUAUAAUUGACUGAGUAUAAAUGUAUAAUUUUAAUAGUUUUGUAAGACAUAUCAUAAAAAUAAAAUU